CCAGCAUCUUCUACCACUGUAAACCCAUUUACCUUCUCAUGUCUCGACUUGCCCGUUUCUUGACGUUCGCCGCCUGCCUUGCAUCGGGCUUUGCGGCAGAAGUUGUUCAGCGGGACACGACUGAUACUUCUGUUCAUGUCGGCGGCCAUGCGCCUUCGCGGACCGUUGCCUCCAUGGCGCUCGUCGUUUUCGUGCAGUCUGCAGUCGUGUCCUUGAUUCACUUCUUCUGGGUCCGGCCGUAUAAACCGUUCAUGCUCAACUACACCCUCGGAAUGCUCGCUAUGUCUGCUGGUUUCGUGCUGCGGUCGUUGGAUCAUUCCGCGCCGUUCCAGCUGUGGAAGUUCAUCGCCUGGGAUAUGUUGCUUCUUCUCGGACCCUGCCUAUUUGUCUUAACGGACUCCUUCCUCUUUGGUCAUCUCAUCAAGACAUUCGACACCGACGUCCUCUAUCGGUGCCUUGUCAUCAGCCCGUCGCGCGUCCUCCCGAUUUUUGUCGGUGGCGAACUCCUCAACAUCAUGCUGCUCGGCGCCGGAGGAGGGUUGACUGUGUCUCAGAAUGACUCUCUUGCCAAAGUGGGCUCCAAGAUCGCCAUGGUCGGAUUCAUCUUCCAGGCCCUUGAGCUCGUGUUCUUUACUUACACUUUAAUUACUUUUGCUUCGCGAGUUGCCAACCACUACCCGCAAGUCUGGAAACCCGACAACAUGGAGCCGCUCAAGCUGCUGUCUGCGCGUCCGAUCGAGAACUGGCGCCUGCUGGUCUACAUGAUCGCGUUCACCUCCGUCGGACUGACGGUGCGCUCGAUCUACCGCGUCGCUGAAUUCGGUGCCGGAUACAACAGCAGCGUUGCCACGCGCGAGCUGUUCUUCUACAUCUUCGACGCGGUGCCCCUCGCCAUGACGACCUCGCUCUUCAUCACGCUCUGGCCGACGCGCUUCCUCAACGCGCGCGGGCAGCAGUCGCUCCGCGGCGGACCCAGCGCGCAGGAGCUCAAGCCGCAGGGAUUCACCCCGGCGUGAGGCGUCGACGCGCGGGCGUCGCGGGUGUGCAGUCAGCAUGCCGCACGCGCAGCCGGAACAGCUCCGUCAGAGCACGGGCGAUCGCACGGCUCCUCCCAAGUUUCCCUUCCUUCCUUCGUCUAUUUUAGAGGCCCGGAAUGACAUGCUGGUUCUCGACCGUUUCGUGACUAAUAAGUGCCGGGCGGCUUCACAUUGGGCACGCGAGCGAUCAUCAGAUGGUAUUUAUCCGCGGGCAGCUUGACCUGAUUAUUCAACGGACUGUCUUGACUCGGCUUGUUACUCGGAAUUGGCAUCGUUUACGAAUGAAUGUAGAACGCCUUUGAUCAUGC